AUGGGUGGCAUAGUGUCCAAACUCUUCAAGAACAAGGAGAUGAGAAUCUUGAUGCUUGGGCUCGACAACGCCGGUAAGACGACGAUCUUGUACAAGCUCAAGCUCGGAAAGACCUCCAAGACCGUGCCCACCGUCGGGUUUAACGUGGAAACCGUCAAGCACAAGAAUAUCUCGUUCGCCGUGUGGGACUGUGGUGGGCAAGAGAGAAUCAGACCGUUGUGGAGACAUUACUUCACGGGCACCAACGCCCUCAUCUACGUGGUCGACUCCUCGGACAUCGACCGUUUGGAGGAGUCCAAGAAGGAGUUGCUGAGAGUCAUCAACGACAAGGAGUUGGCCAACUGCUUGUUGAUCGUGUUGGCUAACAAGCAGGACGUCAGUGGCGCUAUCAAGCCCAAGGAAUUGAUCGAACGUUUCGAGUUGAACAAGUUGACCGGCCAGCACACCUGGUCGGUCAUUCCAACCAUUGCUCUUGAUGGGACUGGAUUGGUUGAGACAUUGAACUGGAUUUCUAGUCAUAGCAAAUAA